AUGAAGGCUUUUCACAGCCUCAUGGCCAUUGGCCUCACAUUAAUGCAAGUGUGCCGAGCCAAUGAUGAAGCAUCGAAUCAAAACUCAACUGCAAUCGAGGUUGAAUUGCAGUUCAAACCCAAAUUCGAGUCGGAGAUCGAGUCUCAACGGUCAUUUCGAAACAGUAUCUGCAAUUCCGAAUCCGCGCCACCAAUGUGCGAAAGCACUUGUCAAAAACCCCCGCUUCACAACUGCGACUUUUAUAAACAAUGCGUUGAGGCCUCAGUGCCUUGUGAUGGAAGCACACACUCGUACGCCCUCGAUUACGGACACAAGAUCUGCAACAAGUUCAUCAGUAACCUCGAUCGCUUUUCUCCCCGUGGACAAAAGUUCCUGACGGGCGCUAUCAACUGUUUGCAGAGAAAUCUCGUUCCCGUGGUGUCAUCGAGCGAUGCCACCUGCAAGAGCAUCAGCGACGCAGCGUUUGCGUCGCACGCGCCAUGUUACGUGGAGAAUGGCUUCUGCGGCCUCGAAUGCAAUGACUAUGUGGCUUUGACGACUCUACUGGGCGAGGAUCUGUUCAAUAAGGAUGCCAUUGGGUUCAUGUAUCACAGCACAAGCGGAUGCAUAAAGAAUGUUCAAGAGGUUAUUGAAGAAGGAGCCUGCAUGAACAAUGCGCUCAAAGGUUUCAUGGCGGCUAUUACCCGCGCAUCAUCUAAUUAA